CUGCAGCAGGCUGGACUCUUUUAGCAACGCUGCUGCCGCGCCUUCAACAUAAUUUUACACAUUAACUUUUCCUGCGCCUCACGCCUCACGCCUUCACCUCACACCUUACCUUUUUUUUUUUUUUUCCUUCACUCUUUCUUACAAUUUGAAAAUAAUUAAAAAUCGCGCGCGUACUGUCCUAUCCAUUUCGGACAUUGACACAAUUAUUAACCCUUUACUACUUCCUUAGUUAGUCACUACGCUGCAUUCGAUCAUGGACGAUAGCGAGCGACGUACCGCGAAAAGGUCUCGGUUUGACCAGACAGAGCCGGAGCCGCGCCGUUCUAGAUUUGAUCGCAGGUCUCGCUCUCCUCCCACGAAGCGAUCCUCGGAACCCGGUCGCGAUCGUAGUCCCUUGGGAAGAGAAGGUGACAAUGGUGUAGCUGAACCCAAGAAAGCUUCUGUUGAUCCGGCUGCCGCUGCAGCUGCCGCCGCCGCCAAGAUCAAUGCUCAAAUCCAGGCGAAGAAAGGUGUCCAACAUGUAGAUGUACCGCCAAUCAAGUCUGCAUCUUCUGCCUCACCCAACCCGAACGCUGCGAACUCACCUGGCGGACAUGCUUCCGCGAACAUCAAUGGCGAGAUGUACAUUGCCGACGGCGACUAUAUUAAGGACAUCGAAGUAAACGACUUGCGAAAUCGUUACCUACUCACCAAGAGUUCAACUCAGAAGAUGAUAAAAGAGGAUACCGGAGCUGAUGUCACGACACGCGGAAACUAUUACCCCGAUAAGAGCAUGGCAACUCCUGCGAACCCUCCUCUAUACCUCCACAUCACGAGCACCUCAAAGACCGGCCUCGAGGCUGCCGUUGCUAAGAUCGAGGAGAUGAUGAAACAAGAACUCCCUAACCUAGUCGAUGAGCGACGUUUCCGACGCCGAGACCAGGAGCAGGUUGAACGUGAUGAGUUUGGACGACGCAAAUGGCCAGAGUCUAAGAUACCGAUCGGUCUUGAGGAGAUCCGCGGCUUUAACCUUAGGGCCCAGAUUGUUGGGCAUGGCGGUUCUUACGUCAAGCACAUCCAGCAAGAGACUGGAUGCCGUGUCCAGAUCAAAGGCCGCGGUUCGGGCUAUCUGGAAGCCUCAACUAACCGUGAAAGCGAUGAUGAUAUGUAUCUCCAUGUCGCUGGACCCGAUCCUAAGAUGGUUGAUAAAGCAAAAGAGCUCUGCGAAGAUUUAAUUGCUAAUGUCAAAGAACAAUACGAGGAGUUCAAGAGUCGUCCACCACGCCCGCAUUUCAGCGGUGGCCACGGUGGUGGUGGUGGCGGAGGCGGCGGCGGCGGCGGCGGCGGUGGAUACGGCGAGAGAUCUUACGGCGACAGAUCGUACGGUGGUGGUGGUGGUGGUGAUAGGUAUAAUGACAGACAGGGAAGUGGAUCGGGUUCUUAUGGCGGCGGAUACGGCGGUUACAACAACUCACCCGCUCCAGUUGCUACCUCCGCCUCACCUGCACCCCCUGGCCAAGGAAGCCCGCCCGGUGCAAACAAUGAUUAUGCUGCUCAGUACGCCCAAUACUACGGUGGCCAAGACCCGUAUGCUGCGUACGGCGGUUACACUGCGUAAGUGAUCCCGUUACGAGCCAGAAUGGACUAUUGCUGACUUGAGUACAGAUAUAUGCAGUACUACCAGCAGUACUAUGCCGCGGCGCAGGCUGCCCAGCAAGGAUCGGGCACACCUCCUGUGCCAGGUGCCUCGGCCUCUCCGCCUCCACCACCUCCACCCAGCGAGGCUCCCCCGCCGCCGCCUCCUGGAGGAUCUGCGCCUCCCCCACCCCCUCCUCCACCUGGAUCGGGAAGCUAUGGAGCCGUAUGUUCUUCACUG